AAAGAUGGGAUAUGUUGAAUAUUAAGCAGCCAAGAAGAAAAUAAAUUAAAUACAUAAGAGAGUAUAUCUUUAUAUAAAGGUGGGUGUGAGACUUUUUAAGUCUUUAUUUGUAUGGUGAGGAAAUUAAAGAAAGAGAGAGCCCAAAUUUUUGUGCUUUUGAUAUUAAUAGUGAAACUAUUAUAGUACUUUUGAGUAAAAAUUGUAGAUAGCUAGCUAAAGAGAGGGAGAUCUAGACAGAGAGAUAGAGUUAAUAAUAAUAAUAAUAAGUAGUAUUUUGUAGUGUUACAUAGUUAUGGGGAGGCAACCUUGUUGUGAUAAACUUGGGGUGAAGAAAGGGCCAUGGACAGCUGAGGAGGACAAGAAACUCAUCAACUUCAUUCUCACCAAUGGCCACUGCUGCUGGCGAGCUGUCCCGAAACUAGCCGGCCUCCGCCGCUGUGGCAAGAGUUGCCGUCUUCGUUGGACCAACUACCUCCGCCCUGACCUCAAAAGAGGUCUCCUAACUGAGGCUGAAGAACAGUUAGUCAUUGAUCUUCAUGCUCGUCUUGGAAAUAGGUGGUCGAAGAUUGCAUCAAGAUUACCAGGAAGAACAGAUAACGAGAUCAAGAAUCAUUGGAACACACACAUAAAGAAAAAGCUUCUUAAGAUGGGAAUUGAUCCAGUCACACACGAACCUCUGAUUAUCAUCAAUAAAGAUAAUGAUCAACUUAAUAAACCUUCAAAAACAACAAUCGAACCAUCCCAACAUGAUAAUAAUAAUAAUAAUAAAAACCCUAAUAACAACACCACCACCACUACUACUACUCAUCAUUCUCAAGAAAGUUCCGGUAGUACGGCCACGACGGAGGUGGAAAACUCGUCCGCUUCAUCUCCGGCCGCGGCCGAAAACUCCACUACUUCCUCUGGAGAUGAGGAGUCCCUUUGGUUGUUAGCUGAUCAUAAUAAUAACAACAACAGCCUUUCCAACGACGAGUCGUUUAUGAACGAUUUGUGGAUAAACGACAAUAACAUAAAGUCUCCCCCGGAGCUGGUUGAUCAUGAUGAUUAUACUAAUUCAUUAAUGUUGUGGAACAAUAAUAGUAGUAUAAAUAGUUCUGAUGAUCAUCUCUCGUGUCCACCACCACCACCAUCAAGCUGUAUUAAUGGAGAUAUAUUACCAUCUUUUGAGGAUACUUAUUGCUCAUCAUCAUGGCUUAUGGACUGUCAAGACUUUGGGAUUCAAGAUUUUGGAUUAUUCGAUUCUUCUUAUUUUGAUGAUUUUGAGUUGAAUAAAGCCCUCAAUGCCAUAGAAAUGGGAGAUAAUUUGCACUAGCUAUCGAUUCAACUGCUACUUGAUCAUCAUCUUCAUCAUUAUAUAUAUAAACAUAUUAUUAUAUAUAUGUAUAUAGUAUUAUAAAUAUAGCUAUAGUAGUGCAGUGAGAAGUCACCGUACGUACGUACAGGAAAAGUUUGAAGAUUUCCAAAGUGAACAUGAUCUGCUACAACAAAGUUCCAUGCAAGUCUGGUUCAUGAUCGAGAUUAAUUAAUAAUAUAAUGUUAGGGUUUCUUUUUUCAGUGUUGAUGAUCGUUUCAUAUGUAGUAUAUAUAUAUAUAUGUGUAUAUGUUGAUACUGAACUUUCUUUUGAGGGUCAUUAUGAGAGGUUAAAUCACAAGUUCUUAUAAGCACUAGAGCUUGCUGGUUUCUCAUGAUAUAUGAUCACCAACCCAAAAAUAAAUUAAUAUAAAAUUAUGUAUAUUUCAUUGA